GCGGCGGCUCCGCUCCAGCCCCACACAGGGCAGCAACAUGUGGCUCCUGGAGCGGCUGCGCGGGGUGGCGGAGAACGGCGGCUCCCGGGGAGCGGGGACAGAGGAGUCCUCGCGGGGAUCCCGCUACAGCAACGUCCUCACCCCCGACAAGAUCCCCGACUUUUUCAUCCCGCCCAAGCUGAGCGCGGCACCCGCCGAGGCUGAGGGCUCCGAGGUCCCCGCAGCUGCUGCUCUGGGUGCCUCAGUCUCAGAGCAGGACCUGGCCGGGCGCAAACCCCCGCGCAGCCCCCGCCCGUCCAGCCGCUCCCGCUCCCGGACCACCGGGCGGCACAUCAUCCAGAUCGAGACCGCCGAGGACUGGACCGAGGGGAGCUGCGGCACCAACGUGGACCCGCAGGCACAGACGGCCAUGUCGCUGCCCUACGUGCCCAAGGCGCAGACCUCCUAUGGCUUCGCCACGCUGAUGGAGAGCCCCCACACCCGGCGCAAAGAGUCGCUCUUCCACAGCGAGCACAGCAGCCUGUGCCCCUCGCCCGUCACCUCGCCCAGCACCCAGCGCAAAGCCAAGCUCAACGGCGAGAGCGGCCGCCGGACGCCCGCUGACCUCGGCGCAGCCCUCAUGCACCCCGGCCGCUACUUCAGCGGCGGCGAGAGCGACACGUGCUCCUCAGCGGAGUCCUCGCCCUUCGGCUCCCCGCUGCUCUCCCGCUCCGUCUCCCUGCUGAAGCUCUUCAGCCAAGAGAGCCAGUCCAAGGUCAUCAAGCUGAAGCACUCGGUGGCCCGCAACAGCUCGCUGUCCACUGACGACAGCUCUGCCGACACCAGCCCCAGCGCCCAGCGCCGCGCCAGGAGCGCCCCGGCCGGGACGCAGCCUCCCACCGCCCUGCUGCCCCUGGACCUGCCCGCGGGCCGGGACCGGGAGCACAGCCUGCGGCUGAGCCGGGGCGGGAGCCUGCGCCUGGCGGCCGAGUACGACCCCUCCAACGCCCGGCUGCGUGUGCGCCUUGUCUCCGCCGAGGACCUCUACGAUGCCCUCGUCGACGUGCGCAGCAUCAACUGCUGCGUCUCGCUGUGCCUCAACCCCGGGAAGCUGCAGAAGCAGCGCAGCACCAUCGUCAAGAACAGCCGCAACCCCGUCUUCAACGAGGACUUCUUCUUCGAUGGGCUGGGCCCCGGGCACGCCAGGAAGAUGUCCCUGAAGCUCAAGGUGGUCAACAAGGGCAGCAGCCUUAAGCGGGACACGCUGCUGGGGGAGAAGGAGCUGCCACUCACCGCCCUCCUGUCCUGCCUGUAGGUACCUGCUACCAGGGAGCCCUCCCACCCGUGGGGCCGGGGCGAGGCAGGGAGGCCGGCUCUGUCCCCCAGCCCCACUGGAGGAGGGUUUGGAAGGGCCCCCUGAGGAGGGCCGGGGUCGUGGCAGAGUGUGGGGGUCCCCAGGAAUGGUGCUGCCGUGGGGCUCUGCCGACAGCAGCCGGCAGCCACAGCCUCUGCCGCUGCUCCCUCCCUGGUCCUGCCCCGGGGCUGCAUCCCCUGGAGCCCAGCAGAAAGUGGGGAGCCUCCAGCCCACUCCCCACCAGGAAGGAUGGAAGCACCUGUUGGACUCUUCCCUCCCUGUGCCUGUGGUCUCCAGCUGCCGGUUGGAGGUGGGUAAAUCUCUGUAGCACGCUUACGGCCACCUCUCCAAGCCCACGCACCUGUAGUCAGGUGACAACUUUAAUUUAAAAGACAAGUUUCUGGUCUUGGAAACUGCAACGAAAAUGCUGCAGAGGUGACCCGAGAGUGAGCCAAGGGCGGUCACCCUGGGAGAUGAGUCAGGUUUGUGGCUUUUGAGCUUUUCCUGGACUCAUCCAAGCCCUGUGAGGCUGCAAGGUUGGCUCGGUCUGACUCCUGCAGCCUCCCGGGCUGCCCUCCCUGCCCACCCCAGCACUGUCCCCCACUGCUGACCCCCACUGGGAAACUGCUCCUGGAGCUUUGGGGGCUUUGGUUUGCCCAAACCCAGAAGGCUGUCUGUGCCUCUCCCCUGCCCAUGGGAGGGAGAUGCCGGGGGGUGGCACCCCUUGCCCUGGGCACACGGAUGGUCCCAGGCAGCGUCCCAGCAGCUGUCCUUGCUGAAAAAAGCUGAGGUGACAGGAGUGGCUCUCUCUGAGUGCUGAUGCCAUCCCAGGUAAGGCUGGGCUCCACAACCCUCCGCCCUCCCUUGCUUAUGAGGGCUGAGGACCUUUCAAGUGGCUGCACCCACUGGGCAGCAGAGAUGUGCCCUGUGGGGCCACCAAACUCCUGUGCCCAGUGAGAUCUGGCUUCCCAAAGUCUGGCCUGGCUUUCAGUUUCCCUUUGGGGAAGGAGCGAGGCGCUCCCAACCCUUCCCAUCCCACCCUGGCAUCCCGGCUGGCCGGCUGGGGGCAGUGGGAGCGGGGAGGAUGCCGGCCGGGGCGUUUCUGCGGGUGGAUAAAAGAUAAAACACGCUGUGUUGUUGUUUUGGUGUGGUGUCACCCAUUGUGCCGGGCUCUGCAUGUUUCCGUGCAGGGAGCAGGAUUUGCAGCGCUCCCUGUUGCAGCACGCGUGGACACACACGCACACAUGUGUCCCCUCUGUGUUAACCUCUGUGGUGGCAGUCGAUGUUCCUUCCUUGUCCUUUUGCAGCAGAUGGCAGAUCUCAGUGUUGGCUAUUUAUAUCCGAGGCUGAUCUUUCGCAGCGUUUUACUUCUGUCUGUAAAUACGUUCCAGGUACACAAGGCACAGUUCUGACCGUGUUUGCAUGUCGGGGGGAUUCAGGGUGAUCGUGGCCGUUUGUCGAGCUUGUGGUUGGAAACAAACCGUGCAGGACGUAAGGAGCUGACACGUCCAACCUUCACAGGGAGUUUCCCACCCGAGGCUUCCCUGCGCUCCCCCAGGAGCCAGCACGAGGGGUGGUCCCAAAGUGCCCGGGCUCGUCCUGGGGGCAGAUGA